GCUCCGCAGCCCGCGCAGCUCCGCGCCCCGCCAUGCCCUAACCCUGCCCGGGGGACGCGCAGCAGCGCUGGGAGCGACCGGCGGCGAUGCCCCCCCGGCGCUGAGGCGCGCUGCCGCCGGGAUGUUCGCCUGGCACCGGAGCUUUCCCCUGGGAGCGCCCUGGAAGAGAGGUAAGAAGAGUCCACCUGCCGAGGACAAAGUAGUGCUAACGCAUAUGAAGAUAUUGAGCAAUGAAGGAAUUCAGAACCCAGGGCUAGUACCAGAGGCUCCUGCUGAUGCAGCCUGUACUGAGGAGCCCCAUCUCCCCAGCACGAACCUCCCACGGGACUGCCAGGGAAAUCCAAAUGCCACAACCACAACAGCAGACACAGACUAUGCAGAAGCCCCAGCAGGCGCAGAUUAUGUAGCCACACUGCCUGACCUCAGCAGCUUUGAGUCCAAGUGCCGCCUUCACAGGUUCUCCAAAUUUGAAUCUGAGGACUCAGGAGUUGAACUGCCAAGCGGGGCCAACUCUCCCUCAACGCCAACGGGUUCAGAGAAGAGCUUUGUGCUUCACAGCAGAGACUCGUUUUGUGACUCAGGUGUGCUUAGCACCUCAUCUUCUCCAGAAAUUGACCACCUGAUAAUGAGAGCAUGUAAAGAGCGUGCCAGGAAGGUGGGCCACCAAGGUGCGGAGAGUGAAAAGCAAGCUGAGCUCUAUAGCCAGGAGUCAGACGUUGUGCAGGUUCCCACACCUUCCCUUGAAGACUUCAGUGUUCCUCAGGAAGGAGAAAGUCCUGAUGAACGUUUUGACCAGAGUGAAAGGCAACCUCUGGAAAAAGAACCAUCCCCAGAGACGAACCCCCCCACGGAGAGCACUGUUCCCACCCCAGUUCCCAUAGAGGAGCCAAAGACAAUUGCUGACAAUUACACAGAGACCUUUGGCAGCACGCAAGACCUUCAGUUCCACGAACAUCAGCUGAAGAAGUAUCCCACAAGUGACAGUCUGGAUGAAUACAUGAAUGAAUGCUGUAGACUGAGCGAGGUGAACCAAGGGAACAGCAAAGCCCUGGGAUCUGGCCUAGGAUACCUGGAACACAUUUGCCAACUGAUUGAGAAGAUUGGGCAGCUGCAGGAGCACAACCUGCGGCUCCAAAAGCAAGUCUGCAGCUUACAGAAAGAGCAGAAGAUGAGCCAGAUAAAAGAGGAGUACCUCAUGCAGCACUGCUCCUGUGGAGCUGCCAGCGUGUUCCUCAACUCGUACCAAGAUGUGAAGACGUUUUCAGCAGGGAGGAGCAGACCUCACAGCCUCUUGGUUCAAACUGGAAACCCUUCUGAUCUUUCCAUCAUCCCAGAAAUAGGAGCAAACACCGACAAGCUCAGCAGCUACCGUGGAAGUGAGAGAUACCCAGAAUCAGGAAACAGCCAUCCAAUGGCAGCACUCAGGAAGUCGUCGAACAAUAGGAACAAGGAGAAUGAGUUCAGAGAAGGUGGUGGCGUGGCUGAAAGACAGGCUUUUCCACCAAAGGAUCCUGCAGCCAGAAAGGGUCUGGACACCAGCAAGAACUGCUUGGCUGAGAGCCAUGCUUGGGGGAGAAUGAGAGAUCUUGUGAAGAAGACAAGGCUGAGAAACCAAAGCAGGCUGGGGCUGUCCUCUGCUGCUCUGAAGAGGUCCUGCCCACAGUUGUACAGGCCAGAUAAUACAUCUUCGGAGCUGAGGAAAGCUGAGAGAACUGAGAGGAACUCCAUGAUUGUUCUGGGGCAAAAUACAAAGAAUGAAAACAUAUGGCCUUUCUGAUAAGCCAAGUUAAAGGGGACAAGGUAAAGAAGGAGAAGUGGGAUCAGUGAUGGACACAAAAUGGAAGAGCCCAGGGGUGCUUUGUGCAGCUCUGUGCACCCAGCAUCCUCCGGCUGCUGGCAGAGCAACGCUGAUUUGAACGUUGGAAGGGAAAGAAGGAAUGGAGAGGUGGAUAAAGGUCCAUGGAAAGAUGCAUGCUCAGCUACCUAUGGCUUUGCUCCUGAACCUGCCACAUACUCAAAAGCCACAGAGAAACUUGCAGCCAGCAUCUUGGUGCCAUAACCAGGAGAGGCUUUUAAAUGAGACUUGGUAAUUAAUUCUUCCUCCUAUCUGUGCUAGGAACAGUACUACCUGAACCACCAAAGCUUUUAAAUUAUCAUUGCUUCCUGGGGACCUCCUACAGCUGAAAUGAACUUCAGCCUCACAGUGUCCAGAGGAGCACCAUACCUAUUGCCGGGUGCAGAGAUGGCCAUUGGGAGUGCAGCCACCUCCCUCAGGGCUGGGUGCUGACCUGCAGGCUGCUUGCCCCCCAGCACACUCCUCCCUUGCCAGCAGCACCUCUCCAGCUAUGCAGUUUUGCUCAAAUGCAACAGGAACAAGAGUCUGUAAGGCCAAGCUCUCCCCCAGGGCCAUCCACAAACCCACCAUCAGCUGCACCUUCUGCAAACACUCCUUGACUUCAGUGCCAUCCUAAUGCAGAAGUCAACAUGAUGAAUGGCACUGCAAGAAUUGGCUGUUAGAGAGUUGGGAGGGUACAUCCACGGCAGCAUCUCAGUCACCAUGCAGCCCAGCUCUCCGCCAGGCUGUGCUACCUGUCUUCCAGAAGAACAAGGCUGCAAGGAUGAGUUACUCACAUACACCUUCUAUAUUCUGCAUCUUUCCCCCUAGGACUAUUCUUUUAGUCCUCAUAAGCUUUUUGUUGUUUGUUUUUAAUGCUAUAGCCAUGCUUGGUGGGUGCCUUACUGCCAUGUUUCCACAGAGCUCAGAACUGACAGCAUCUGCUUCUGAAGGUGCUGUAGCUGCUGCAGUGAUCUGUGCACCAGCUCCUACCAGCAAAAGAAUUUAUGCCUAUGGUGUAAAGAUUCAAGCAAACCAACUUGCCUCUUGUUAUAGGGGCAUGCUACUCCCCUGAAUUGCAAUAUAACUGUCAAUCAGGCACAGGCUAUUUAAAACCCCUUCUGGUCCAUCCCUGGGAACUGAUAUUUCAGAAGAUGACAGUAACUUGCUAACUUCAGCAGGUGCAGCCCUUCAGCAGCAGGUGCAGCCCCUUCGCUCACCCACAGCAGCUGGAGCCCUCCAAGGCAGAGCAGGAUCUCUUCUGAGAUUCUCUGAGCCCAGUUCUAGCAGCAACACAAAGCAACGAGUUGUUGCUCACUAGAACAACAGAUCAUGUUUACUCAGUGCAAGUAUAAUUUGCAGGCGAAGGUCAGUGUAGCUGCUGUUAUUUAGCAUCUAAAAAAAAAAAAAAAACCAUUUGUGCUGACUCACGGUUAGUACCCUGAACUAGGUGCUGUGUUUAAUAUUUCAGUUGUCAUUAAUUAUAGCUGCUGUUGUGAGACAUGGUUAUUCACUGUAUAUCUUGCUAGCUUUAUCCAAAGCUAGAGAUAUUUAUGACUUGAUUAUUCUGUGAAUAGUCUGUAUAUCUCCAUAACUCCCAGGGGCUAAAAAUCCUGCCCCAACUUACACUCUCCACCUGUACAGACACUAAGGAAUGUGAAUCAGUGCAGAACUGGACUUGCAGGGUUUCAAGAGAGUCAUGAAAUGGUGUUUUCCCAUCCCCUACUCUCCUCACAUUAUAGGUGUUACGGUUUUUAAAAUAAAGAUGAACUAGCACUCUUUUUAUUACAGCAUUAUAUGAAAUAUAUUCGUGUAUUUUCAAAACUAUAUUUAUAACAUGUAACAUACUGUAUAGUUCUCCACUCCAAGAUAUGCCUGCAUUACAAUUUAGUAAGUUUAAUAAUAAAAUCAUCACUUACAAAAUAA